CUUUCUUUUUCUUUCUGCCCUUGGCCGUCCCUUUCUUCCUUCCCCUUUGUCCUCUCCUUGUCUUUCACAGGGAAGAGUUUUACUCUCACCAUCACGGUGUUCACCAACCCCCCUCAGGUGGCCACCUACCAGAGAGCCAUUAAAAUUACAGUGGACGGGCCGAGAGAGCCACGGCGUCAUCGUCAGAAGAUGGACGAGGUCAAACCCGGCUCUCUGGCUUUUUCUGAGAGGCUAACAGAGCUUGAACAGUUGAGACGCAGCUCGAUGCGGGUGACGCCUCCUCACCACCAUCACCAUCAACACGCCGCCAAUACCCGCCAGUCUGCGGCACUCAACUCAGCCACCUUCUCCAGCCCCACACAUGCUCAGAUAACUGCCGGUAAGACCUGAUCUCUGUCUAUCACCUAAGAUGCAAAUAUGCAAUCGUAGAGUUUUGAAAAAUUCACCCCUUUUUUACAUAUGCGUACCAUGUUCGAGCUGUCUGGUUGCAACAGGUCCCGAAAAUAAAGAAACUAUUUAAGUGGUUCACAAUGUACCCCUCAAUCAGGGCACAUUCACUCACUGAAGGCAGAGGCUACCAUACAAGGUGCCACCUGCUACCCGGUAACUAACACACAAUCACACUCCAAUGACGCAGCAACUGGAGCAAUUUGGGUUUCAGUAUCUUGCCCAAGGAUACUUCCAUAUGUUGCCUAGAAGAGCAGGGGAUCAAACCUUCCAAUU